UGUGUCCUUAUGUAGCCUGUGUUCAUGACUCGAGGCUCCAUCCUGCAGCCACUAGAUGGCCUCAUGUCCAUUGACGAUAGACGCUGUGACAGAGAAAAGCGCUUACAGCGAGUCAACACCUGUUAUAAAAACGGCAGCUGUUUGGAAAUCUAUCUGACGCUCUCGAUUUAAACUUUCAUGGCAGAAGUCGAGCCUGUGAAUUUAAAUAAUUUGGCCCCAUUCGUAUAGGAAACACACGCAGGACCAAAAACAAUGAUCAUGUUUUUAUUUCCAAAUGAAGCUGAGGAGGCUGGAGGUGGAGGAUCUAUACAUCCAGGCUUGUGAAGGACAUUAGCAAAUUCCCGAGGAGAUGAUUGAGUUUCUCUUUACCUGCUCAGGAGUGCGGCUUCACGACGAGCUCUCAGCAGCAGCAGCAGCAGCAGCAGCAGCGCAUCACUUGUUGAAGGGCCCCAUUAACAAGUUGGCACCGGGAUUAGGUUUAAGAGAGGGUUGACAAUGACAAACCACCGGAGAUCCUACAAGCUUUUAUUUAAUAAUGAAAGGCAACUGGGUGCUGCCAGAGAAUUCAACAACAGCAGCAACAAAAAAAGCUGCAGUGCGUCCUCUGUGCGCACAAAAUGCCCGUCCCUCUCACUGACUACAUGUCAAAUUGAACCCAGAACACAACAAAUAACACUGAAAGGACACACAAUUUAUUUCCAUUGAUUUCCAUUGACACCUGUCUUCUGUCUUCAGGCUUUUAAAUAAUGCUUAAAAGGCUCUUUAGUGCAUGUCCUGACACUGCCCCCGGGGGCCAACACCACCUGCAGCUCACGGUCGCCAGCUGACGCGUGCAGAGGAGCGACGCGCUGCCAAAAGUCUGACUUCUAAUGUGAGGAAGCUGGCCGGGGGCUGCUGCGUCCCUGCCUUUGGUUACAUUCAAGAAUAUCCCCGAGUGUCAGGUUGCAGACGUUUUGAAGACAGCACGCCAGGCUCUGAAACCAGUUUGUACUGAUGAUUAAAUGAGCGUUUUUGUUUUAAUUUCCGGUUUAAUAUUGUGCACAAUGAUCGCACUGUGCCUGUCUGUCUUUCCCCUUCCCCACACUGCUGCCGCUGCUGCAUGCUGCUGCCUGUGCACACCUUCAACUAACCUUACAUACGGAGAGAAAUAACCUUCUUUUGCCAUGUGCUGCUGCAGUCAACAUUCUCCCAUGAGUGUGCGUAAUGACCCUUGGAUUCGUUUGUGCCAGAGACGCCGGGGGCCACAAACGCCCUCGUGCACGUGAAUACCUGGGACACUGCUCAUAGUGCAUCAUCAUCACCAUCACGGCGGGACGGGGACACACCGACAGCAGAGGGUGACCUCGCGUCCCUUAAUCAGCACAGUUGACAAAGCAAUUUAGCGCGACUGUCCCCCCGCCGUCAGUGUGCGUGAGUGAGAAGGCUCCGGGAGUCCCUGACAUUCACCCAUCAGCACCUAUAUGUGUUUGAGGUCAUGUUCCUGUAGGUUCCAUUCAAUAUUCUCACCUCCGUCUGUGGUCAGUCUGAGCAACUAUACAGCCGGUAGAAGUUUAAUGCAGCCAAGGCAGCAGAGCAGAGCGCACCAGACAAACAGGUCACAUAUGGACUGACCUAUGAUUCUAUAUGAUGAGGGUGCAAGUCAUGGAAACCGCAUGCAAGGAUGACACGAUAUAAUAAACAGCAUCAGUGGACGACCUAUAUAAAUCCGCCUUGACAGACAGCAGUCACCACAUAGCCUUACCUCUCCGCUGGAUCAACGACCGGGCGAGAUCUCCCACUAACACGGAAUAAAACAAAAAAAAAUGUCUCUCUCAUCUAUCCUCUCCGCUGAUGCCAUCGACAGUGCUAUCAAGGACUGCCAAGCACCAGACACCUUCUGCCCCAAGAAGUUCUUCCAGGCUUGUGGCCUCACCCAGAAGAGCCCCCAGGAUGUGAAGAAGGCCUUCGCCAUCCUGGACAACGAUGGCAGCGGUUUUAUCGAGGAGGAAGAGCUCAAGUUUUUCCUCCAGAGGUUUUCUCCCGGUGCUCGCGUCCUGACAGAUAAGGAGACCAAGGGCUUCCUGGCUGCUGCUGAUGACGACAGUGAUGGUCGGAUUGGCGCAGAAGAGUUCCAGGCCAUGGUUUUGUCCUAAUCACCCGGGCGCCAUCUCUCCAACUCGAUCUGACCCCCGAUCCCCCACGUUAUUCCAAUGCUUCAAGGGCUCUCUUAGUUUUAGUCUUCUUCCCUCUGGUUAGAUAAAACCUUUUAAAUUAUUUUUAUUUUGCAAUGACUCGCUCUGGUCCACAGACGUUCACAUUCUCAUCAUGUUUUUGUUUAUUUUUCUUUUCCAUUUUGGUAUGUUUUAGACAGACCAUAAAGCUGUAUUUCCCAAAUAAAUGUACAAUUUACCAAAAUUACAGAGAAAAUAAAACGAUAAA